AUGACUGCGACACCAGAACAGCCAAAGAAACGAAGUACAGCAGUGGUCAUCGAGCUUGAUGAUAGCCCGGUGAAACAGAAAUCGAAGAAGACAGAGGCUGAAAAGACAUAUCCUAGUCCGGAAAAUACAGACAUUAGGAGGAGCUCGCAGAACGAGGUGGUCAUGUUUGACGAUGAUGAGCAUGUCGGAGCAAGUCCGAAAGGAAGCAGCAGCGAUGUUGAGCGAGAGCCGGCUCCAUCUGCGCCCAGCGAGGUGAAAGGAGCGUCGGGUUUCAAAAUGUCAGGUGUGACUAUCGCAAAGCCUGUUGUACAGCGUAAAGAGGAGUCGACGCGGCCGUUUAGGGAUCCCAGAGCACAGGACGUACUGCCGGGCAAGAGAAAGAUGCUGAGCGACGCCGAACUCGCUGGAUACUCUAGUGAUGAGGAGCUUAUGCGCGACGCUAAGUCACGAAGGAAAAUCAACUUGCACACAGGCUAUGGAAAGGUGAAGAGACCCACGUUUGGAGCGAGGUCCAUUACGGUCCCAAGGUCAUCACAACAAUCACAGUACGGCAAGGAAGCUAUAAGAAAGCAGAAAAUUGCCGAAAAGCAGUUCAAGAGGGCAGAGGCCGCAGCUGUGAAGCAGAAAGCACAAAAUUCGCCCAAGAAGAAGUUCAAGAUGUCUGAUGCCUUCGAGUUCGGCUCAACAGCUUCAUCACAGGCUACCUCUGCUGUCCAGACGUCAUUUACAUCGGCAGGCGCAGAGCUUGAGGCGCCAGAGAUAGAUGAAUCACCGUUGACAGAAUCAUCAGAAGACGAGAUCGAAGCAACUGAGAUCUGCGAAGGUGUGCCAACCGUCAAAUGUGAGCAUUGUGGAGAGGCCCUGAAGAGGUCAUUGCUGGAAGACUUUCAAGACGAGGUCCUGCGUGGUCGCGAGUUGAAUUACAAAUGGCAAAGGCGGUUUUGCAGAUGGCAUCAGCAGCAGAAGGCAGAAGCGCAAUGGCGAGAACGAGGGUAUCCUGAAAUCGACUGGAAACAAUUAUCGCGGAGGAUGCGUGCACACGACUCGUUCCUCAAAGAUAUCGUGAAUGAUACGGUGGAAUCGCAUUACCGGGACGAGUUGAAGAGUAAAUCAAAGAAGUCCAGAAAAGACCUAGAACACGUCAUCACGGGCCACGAGAGCAGAGGGGGCGCAUCAAUGGGGUACUAUGGACCCAAAGGAGCGAAGUUAAUAACCGAACACAUUAUUGGCCGCCUUACAAAUGAUAUACGACAGCGAUCGAAAAAGGACAAGCUCGUUUCGACAUCUGGUGUUCAAGGAGGCGUAUCUGGCUUCGUGCAAGUCGUGCUUGCUCCACAUCUUGUCGAGCUUCUCGUGAAAGAGGACAUGAAGCUUGCUGGUGACGACUGGGAGAGCCGAGCACGUGAAAUUAUUGCUGAAAGCACCCAUCUCGGUGAGCUCUUGCACCCCGAAGAGGAGGAUGACAAAGUUGAUGAUGUUGACACUGCGCAUGUCAUUGCGAUGGUGGAGGACGACAGUGAUUGAUCAAUUGGCAUCUGGAUGGCGCCCUGAACCCGUGGCUUUUGUUUGGUAUUUAGACAUCAUGAUUGGAGUCCAUGUAGACCUACAUAUGUACAGAUCUUGGGACGGAAUUUCGCGCUUGCCCCGAGCGGCGCGCUGUCUUCAAGUGCCUCGCUCUAUGCCUUUGCCCGCGUUCUCCCAGACUGCGCGUCAUCUCGAAUCACAGAACCCUGACCACAGUCUUCGUUUUCUCGCGCGCGCAUUCUCCGAACCGUUCGCGGCAUGCUACAAUUCGCGCUGAGACACGCCCUCUCCUGUCUCUCUCUCUCUCUCUCUCUCACAGCAAAAAAUCUUGGGUAUCUUAAACAUUCUUCCCCCAUUGAAUCCUCCUCCUCAUGCAUCAUCCCUCCAAAUCCUCCUUCCGUUUCAAACUCCUCGAAUGUCUAUCCACCUCAACCUCAAUCUCUUUAAUCUUCAUCUUCUCCAAAUCUAAUUUCAUCUCCUUUCCAUCCUUGAAUUUCAAAUCCAAAAUCACAGGCCGAUCGGCUUGUGCUCGCGGGAGAAUUUUUACAUCGAUUGCCAUGGUCGAGCGCGCGUUGGCGGGUAGCAUUGCGAGGAAAUUUCGGGCUGUUUUUCCGGAUUUCGCGUUAAAUGGGGAGAAAGCUGUGGUUAUUGAGGUGAGGUAUUUUGUUAUCAUUUUGAAGCUCAAGCGUGAGGGUGGUGGGUG